CAAGAAAACCACAACACAGAUCUUUGGAAAUCUGGAAUAUCGGAACAAUGUUUUUGAAAAAGUUGCCAGUUUUCCUUCUGAUAAUAAAGUAUCUAUCUGUCUAUGGAUCCUCAGAUUUAUUUUCUAAACAUGCUGGAUUUGAUGGAAUUAAAUCUGAAUUUAACAACAAAAGUGACUGUAUGAGAUGCAACUGUGAUGGUCUUACAGCUGACUGUACAUCUAGAGGCCUUCAGUCACUCCCUUUGAAUCUGCCAUGGAAUAUAACAACACUCAUGAUAUCACACAAUAGUAUUAAACAUUUGCCCGAUGGCCAGCUUGGACAGAUUUAUGGAAAUCUGAAAGUGUUGGAUAUAGGUGACAACAAAAUAGUUGCUUUUGGACAACAUAUCUUUGAUGGCCUUCAUAAUCUACAGGAUCUAAGGAUAGGCAAUAAUCCAUAUAAACCACACCUGUUUCACCCACUUGUUUACAAACCACUAAAGAAUAUUCAUAAAAUUCAUGUGUUAGGCUCUGGGGAUGAAUCAAAUGGGUAUCCAGGCUCAAGAAUAGCUUUGUUUCAUGCAUUUCAAGGACUACAAAACUCUACGAUAGAAAGUAUUACAUAUCAACAUAUAACAGAUAUGCCAUUUUUAUUGAAGGCCAAUCAUUUGAAAUUCCUUGAACAUUGCAAUUUGAAAAGAUUCAGUUUGCUUGAUAAUAGAAUUUACGCCAUGGAGUCUCCGGGAAUCUCAAAAUAUAUGCCAAAAUUAGAAAUACUGGAUUUGUCAAAAAAUAGUAUUAAACACUCAAUACCAAGAAGAGUAAUCCUUAUUGAACUUUAUUUGAUGAGAUAUCUGAGGGUAUUAAAAUUAGAACAGAACAUUCCUGGAAGGGUAUUUGAUUUAAACAAGGCUAAUGUGGCUAUAUCAGAAGAAUUAAGUGAAAAUGAAUGGGCAGUUCCUAUAGCACUUGAAGAACUGUACUUCACAGAGACCAAUGUGAAUAAUCACCCUUAUCAUUUACCAUAUGGAAUAAAGAUACAAAGUAAUAAUCGGAUUAAGAUCAUUGAAGCCUCUGCUAGUUUUAUGCUAACAUACAUUGGUAAGUCCAUAAAAGGCCUGGUUAAUUUGGAAAGGUUGAUAUUUCCUGAAAAUAACUGCAUUAUUGUACCUGAGUUUUUUACAUGCGAGACUGGAUAUUUUGAAAGUUUAAAAGUUCUAGAUUUGGCCAACAACAAAGCAAAACUUAUCUCUAACUCCUCUGUCCACCUCCUAUUCAGAAACUGCUCCCAGCUGCAACACAUUGACUUGUCCCACAAUGAUAUUACAGAUAUUGACUCAGAUGCAUUUGUAGAUACAACAGGACUUGAAGUCCUGAAUUUGAGUGGCAACAAAAUAAAAAGGAUCAUGUUUACACUGACAGGACUGAAAUCACUGAAACUGCUAAAUUUGUCAAAUAACCACAUACAAACAAUUGAUGAAACUACAAAAAUGGAAAUUGAUGAACUUAAAAUAACAUCAAGCAUGAAUUUGACAAUAGACUUCAGACAAAACCCGAUGAUUUGUAAUUGCGAUUCAUUCAAGUUCAUCGACUGGAUGCAAACAAGCAAUAGCAUCAUGCAUAACUGGCCAGAAGUUGCAUGCAUUUACAUCAAUGGUUCAGAGGUAGCACUCAAAGACAUUAUGUUGCCUGAUAUGAAAUGGGACUGUUGGAAAGCUGCCAUAAUUCCGUCAAUUGUUUCUUUCGGACUUACUGUAAUUAGCAUAAUUACAGCGGUAUAUGUAUACAGACGCAGGUACAAAAUACAAUAUCUGGCCCUCCAUCUGAGGGCAUUACUCAGACGUAAUCAACAUCUUGAUUUUGCUUUUGACUUUGAUGGGUUUUUGAGUUAUAGCUCUCUGGACAAAUAUUGGGCACAGGAGAACAUCUAUGCUACUUUAGCUGAUAAAUACAACUAUAACAUAUGCCUGGAUGACCGCAACUUCAUGCCUGGUGCCUAUAUCGCUGAUAUCAUCAUUGAGAGUAUCAGCAAAAGCAAUAAAAUAAUUCUGACCAUCAGCCAGAACUUUCUUCGUAGUGGUUGGUGUACAUUCGAAAUGAACCUUGCGAGAGGUGAACUGGCGACCAGAGGGAGAGAUUGUUUGAUAUUGAUUCUAAAGGAACCAUUGGAUGUUCUACCCCCAGAGCUGAUCACACCCACCCUGCGCUCCUUACUUGAGACCCGAGUGUACCUGGAAUGGAGCGAGGAUGAGGACAGAAAACAGCUGUUUUGGAGAAAGAUGCAAGAUGCUCUAGGUAACCCCAGAUACCAGGGAGAGGCGGAUACACAAUAUCUACUCCAGUAUAAUGAAGGCGACCAGGAAGUUCUUCAAGAACUUAUUGGAUAAACAAAUAUUCCAACUGAAUUUUAGGUGAAGGCAUCCAGGAAGAACAUUUUGUCAACAACUUAUGAAAUAUUCACUGACUCAUAAAGGUGAGAACAACCAGGAUGUACUUCUAACAAAUUAUUUGGUAAUAGAAUAUUAUCUAAACUAACAAGAAAGUACUCCAAAAUAUUAUCUGAACUAAUCUAUAGGUGAAGAUGACCAGGAAUUACUUCAACAACUAAUUUGUUCAAAAAAUAUCAAAUGAACUGACCGUGAAAUAUUCCCAAAAUUUAUUUGAUCAUAAAUACCAUCUGAAUCAACCAGGAAGUAUUUCAACAACUAAUUUGUUCAAAAAAUAUCAAAGAACUGACAGUGAAAUAUUCCCAAAAUUUAUUGGGUCAUAAAUACCAUCAACCAGGAAGAUUUCAACAACUAAUUGGACAAAGAAAUAUUUUCUGAACUGACUUCCGGAGUGUUUUAUAUAUCCGUUAUGCUUUUAUGUGUACAUAUUAUAACCAAGCUUGUGAUCAAUUUUUGAAUUACCCUAUUUUCUGUUAUUAGCACCCACUCCCUAAUAAUAAACAUUCACCCCGCUUCUCAAAGUACAAAAAAAUAUGCUUAUGACCAAGAAAAAAAAUCGAAUUUCCAAGAAAUUUUGUUUUUAUGUAGCAAAUAAGGCAUUAUAAUGAUGGUCAUGAUGGUAUAAGCUGGAUAUGAAUAUUCUAAAAGAAUUCUUAUGGUUCGUCAAAUAACAAUACAUAUCAUUAUUGUAAAAAAUAUACUGUUUAUUUGUUGCAAAAAGCAUUUUUGGCAAGAAUAAUUGCUGUAUAUAAAAUUCCUCUGGAUUUUUGACAUCUUUUAUAUAUGGGCACUUAUGAGAAUGGUCUUUAGGAUAUAUUCUCAAUUUUCAGAGAAUGUAGUAUCUGAUUUGUACAUAAUGUUUACAAAGACAAUGAUUUUAAUCAAGAAUCUACUACAAAACAUGCGAGCUAAAAAUAUGAGCUAAAAUUGUGAGCUAAAAAUAUGAGCUAAAAAUCAACAAUCUUUAUUUGAUUCUAUUUUUGAGCAUUUUAAUUUCUUAGCUCAUUUAAUGUUUUUUUGAACAAUGUUGCUUUGUGUGCUUUCUAUAUAAUCAAGAUGUUUUUCAUAUUUAUUUUUCCAGUGACAAUCAGGGGUACAAGAAUUCCGAGCUAAAAAAAGGCAUUUUCACAACAUUUUUUGUCAAAAUAGUGUGAAAAUCAAAAUAAAACAGCCAUGUUUUUCUAAUGUGUACAUGCAUUUGGACUUUCCAUGUUUUGACCAAUAGAAAACGAGUAUCUAGUCCCUACAUAUUUCAUGACUCAUAUUGAAUUCUGCGAAAAUCAAUAGAAAUUCAAUAUUUUGCAAAUUUUUAAAAAACUAAAAAUUCUGCAUUUUUUCUGAUGCAGCACGGAAAAAUGGAUUUCCAGUACCUCUGGUUAAUCUGGUAUUACAUUUAAGCCCCUAGAUAUCCCUCAAGCCAAACUCUAAUUAGCACCUCCUAAACAAUGGUAAGAGAACAGAUAAUUGAAGGUUCAUGACUUUGGCUUCAUGCAAAACUAUUAGU